AUGCGCUUCGCGGUGGAGGAAAUCAACAAUUCCAGCCGCCUCCUGCCCAACGUCUCACUGGGCUAUGAAAUCUACGACAGUUGCUUGCCCUCCACCACCAUGUACGCCACACUCAGCAUCCUGUCCCAGGGCGGGGGCAGCUGCCACAGCCAUCAACAUGUAGCCGUGGCUGCCAACUACACGUGGUACCUGCCCAAGGCAGUGGCCGCCAUUGGGCCCGACAACAGUGAAGAUGCUCUCCUGGUGGCCAGUCUGCUGGGCAUCUUCCGGAUGCCGGAGGUCAGCUACGAAGCAUCCAGCCCGACGCUGAGCCUGAAGCGCGUCUACCCCUCGUUCCUGCGCACGAUUCCCAGCGACCACGUGCAGGUGCACGCCUUGGUGCGCCUGCUGAAGAAGUUCAACUGGGCCUGGGUGGCGGUGGUGGGCAGCAACAACAACUACGGGCACCAGGGCCUCCAGAUGCUGCACGACACGGCGGCUCGGGAGGGCAUCUGCUUCGCCUACCAGGGGGUCAUGCCCGUGGACCAGGAUGCUGGCAGCGCAGAGCUGGAGGCCGUGGUGCGGGGCGUGGUGGCCUCUAGGGUCAACGUCACCGUCAUCUUUGCCAACAAGCACAGCGCCGCGCCCUUCUUCCAGGAGGUGGUUCGGCAGAACGUGACUGGGCGCGUGUGGGUAGGCACAGAGGACUGGACGCUGGCCACAGGAGCCUGGCAGAUCCCAGGCAUUCGUGACAUUGGCACCAUUAUGGGGAUGGCCAUCAAGCAGACCUGCCUCCCAGAAAUGGCGGCAUUUGAUGCGGCCUCCAGCCUGGGUUGUGGCAGGGCCACAGAUUGCUGGAACCGUGGGGAAGCUUGCAGCCAGCGGUGCUCCCGGUUCUGCAGGCCAGGCUCUCCCGACGGCAGGCUGGAGCCAUCUCCGUACGACGUGCAGGGCGCUUUCGGCGUGUACUCUGCUGUGUACGCCGUGGCACACGGCCUGCAUCGCCUGCUGCAUUGCCAAAGGGGGGUAUGCCACAAGGACGUGGUCUACCCGUGGCAGCUCCUGACGGAGAUGAAGCGGGUGAACUUCAGCCUUCGCAACAGGUGGAUCGAUUUUGACCCCCGCGGGGAUGCCUUGGCCGGCUAUGAUGUGGUCAUGUGGCGGUGGGCAGGCCAGGCCUGGAACUGCAGCGUGGUUGGCUCGUUCAGCAGGAAUCCAAACCGCCUGAGCAUCGAUGGGGACGCGCUCCAGUGGCACACGCAGGCAAACCAGGUCCCCGUCUCCGCAUGCUCCGAGGACUGCGGCGUGGGGGAGCAGAAGGUGCCACAGGGCGUCCACCGAUGCUGCUUCCACUGCGUGGGCUGCCUGCCGGGGACCUUCCUGAACAGAAGCGAUUCCUACACGUGUCAGAGGUGCGGAGAAGACCAGUGGUCCCCGGCCAGAAGCGAGACCUGCUUUGCACGCACCUCCGUGUUCCUGGCGUGGGAUGACCACGUCUCGGUGGCCCUGCUGAUAGCCACCACAGUGCUCACGUUGCUGGUGGCUGGGGCCAUGGCCGUCUUCUUCAGGAACCUGCGGACACCCAUCGUGAAGUCGGCCGGGGGCUGCCUGUGCUUUGCCAUGCUGGGGUCUCUGGCCUUUGCCAGCACCAGCCUCUACUGGCACUUUGGGGCUCCGGACAGGGUGGCCUGCCUGGUGAGAGCACCGCUGUACAACGUCAGCUUUACGGUGUGCCUGGCCUGCAUGAUGGCCCGCUCAUUCCAGAUCGUCAUCAUCUUCAAGAUGGCCGCCAGGGCCCCAGGCCUGUAUGAGGCCUGGCGGAGGUACCACGGGCCUGGCCUGCUUAUCGGGACCCUCACCGGCCUGCAGGGGCUGCUGAGCCUCCUCCAGGUGAGCACCAGCCCCCCUGCCCCAUACAAGAACUACGAGGCCUUCCCAGACAUGAUUGUGCUUGAGUGCAGCCUGGGCGGGCUCACGGGCCUGAGCCUUGGGCUGGCCUACAAUGGUUUCCUGGGUAUUGCCUGCUUUGCCAUCAGCUAUGUGGGAAAGGACCUGCCCAACAGCUACAAUGAAGCCAAGUGCAUCACCUUCAGCCUCCUCAUCUACUUUGUCUCCUUCAUCUUCUUCACCACCACGCAAGCCCUCUACCAGGGCAAGUACCAAGCAGCCAUUGGCAUCGCCUCCCACCUCUCCACGCUCUCUGGCAUUUUCGGAAGCUACUUUGCCCCCAAGGUCUAUGUCAUCCUCUUCCGAUCUGAGCUCAACACCCACGAACAGUUCCAGAUGUCCAUCCAGAUGUACACCAAGAGGAUCAGCUCAGCCAGUUGA